AUCCCCUUCCGGUCCCUCUGGCUGCCACCGCCUGCGCGUCUCUAUGGUUCCGGCGCGGGCUGAGGGCGGCGGCGUUGGCCCGGCGGAGGCCGCAGAGCAGGCGCCAUGGACACCGGCGGACGGCCCUCGGCGGUCCAGCUCAUCCUGCUGGGCACUAGCUCGGCCGUGGCCGCCGCCCUGUACUCCGUGUACCGGCACAAGGUCCAGGCAGCCCGCGAGCUCAAGGGAGCCAAAAAAAUCCACUUGGGUGAAGAUCUGAAGAGUAUUCUCUCUGAUGCUCCUGGGAAGUGUGUGCCUUACGCUGUCAUUGAGGGAGCUGUGCGUUCUGUAAAGGAAACCCUUAACAGCCAGUUUGUGGAGAACUGCAAAGGAGUGAUUCAGAGACUGACCCUCCAGGAGCACAAGAUGGUGUGGAAUCGAACAACCCACCUCUGGAAUGACUGUGAAAAAAUCAUCCACCAGAGAACAAAUACAGUGCCCUUUGACCUGGUGCCCCAUGAAGAAGGCACAGGUGUGGCGGUUCGAGUGCUGAAGCCCCUGGACUCAGCUGAUCUUGGCUUAGAAACGGUGUAUGAGAAGUUCCACCCUACAAUCCAGUCCUUUACUGAUGUGAUCGGUCACUACAUCAGUGGGGAGCGGCCCAAAGGCAUCCAGGAGACAGAGGAGAUGCUCAAGGUGGGGGCCACCAUCACUGGUGUGGGGGAGCUGGUUCUAGACAACAAUUCCAUCCGUCUGCAGCCCCCCAAACAGGGCCUCCAGUACUACCUGAGCAGCCAGGAUUUUGAUACCCUCCUGCAGAGGCAAGAGUCUAGCGUCAAGCUCUGGAAAAUCCUGACAGUCAUCUUUGGCUUUGCGACCUGUGCCACCCUCUUCUUCAUCUUGCGCAAGCAGUACCUGCAUCGGCGAGAGCGGCGGCGGAUGAAGCAGAUGCAGGAGGAGUUCCGGCUGCAUGAGGCCCGGCUCCUGAGGGCAGCUAGUGCCGAGGACAGGGAGAUUUUAAAAAAUGCCUGUGUCGUGUGUCUGAGCAACAUCAAGUCGUGUGUCUUUCUGGAGUGCGGUCACGUCUGCUCAUGCAGCGAAUGCUACCGGGCCUUGCCCGAACCAAAGAAGUGCCCUAUUUGUAGACAGGAGAUUGUCCGGGUAGUUCCUUUGUAUAACAGCUAACUGAGGAUGUGGAGUUUAUAGUGGAAACGGUUCUCCUUUUCAAUGGAUUUUACCAGUCCCCUAGAGAGAUGGUCUGGUGGUGACCACUUAUAACCACUAGGCAUCAUCAGGGGGUGGGAGGGAGAGAGAAGAAAACGUCCUGAUCUCUUAAAUACAGCAGCAGAGAUUGGACACUGA